CAAUGGGCCUACGAUAACUGAUGGGAAGGAGCCCAGAAGCCCUACCCGCAAGGACUAAAAAACGCCUUUACCCCUAAUCUUUGGGAAGAAUAACACCAAGCAAGGGUAUCGCAAAGGCCUGAUCGAGGGACAUAAUGGUAAAUUAAACACCCAGCAUGGUAGCGAUAAAUACCCUUCAACGCCGAACUGCAAAACCCUAGCUUUUCUCUGUCCUGGUUUGUUGCGCCCGCUGCAAACCCUAACCCUAGGUGAAAGGACGAGCUUGGCAGCCAUGGCGGAUGUUUCGGACGCGGUGGACGUGGGAGGGGCGCAGCCGAAGAAGAGGACGUUCAGGAAGUUCUCCUAUCGAGGGGUCGAUCUCGACCAGCUCCUCGACAUGGGCACCGACGAGCUUGUCAAGCUCUUCCAUGCCCGGGCUCGCAGAAGGUUUCAGAGAGGUCUUAAGAGGAAGCCUAUGGCUCUGAUCAAGAAGCUUCGCAAGGCGAAGCGUGAUGCUCCUCCUGGGGAGAAGCCUGAACCUGUGAGGACACACCUUCGGAACAUGAUAAUAGUCCCAGAGAUGAUUGGAAGCAUCAUCGGUGUCUAUAAUGGAAAAACUUUUAACCAGGUUGAGAUCAAGCCUGAAAUGAUUGGUCACUACUUGGCGGAGUUCUCAAUCUCAUAUAAGCCUGUGAAGCAUGGAAGACCUGGUAUCGGUGCCACCCAUUCCUCCCGGUUCAUUCCUCUCAAGUAAAAGCCAAAUGCCAGGCAAAGGAACAGAGGAACAGAGAUGCUGCUUCUGUUCGUGAUUGACUUUUUCUUGCUUUGGCCAGUUCAAGUAUUAGCUAUCCGUGCUUCAUUUCUGGGGAGUAUAUUUCACCUUUUGCUACUUGGAUCGUGACUUGCCAACCUGAACUUAUAUCGUGUCCUGGAGUUAGUUUUGUCUUUUAAAAUUAGUUUUCAAGCUCUGAUCGCCGCUUCUUUAGGUGUGACAGAUAUUCUGCCUGUAUGUGGCUUAUGCUUUAUAAAUUUGAAUAUGAUAGGAAGAACUGUCUUCUUUCAUCGUAUGUUCUACGAAUACAAGUUUUGUAGGAGUAUGGGAGCUACCAUCCUGUCUCUCCCAUAACUGCCAAGGCUGAUUCGAGUGCAUUUUCCGAGUGCAUAUUUCAGGCGUUUUUGUGCGGUUAAGUGAAAA